AAAGACAAGUGGCACACAAUACAAUUACUCAUCACCUGCUGACCAAUGCCAGAACCUACCCACAAACCCCAAUCGGCUCCUUCUGGGUAGCUCCCUCAGUUUAUAUACUGGGCAUGAUGUUCUAUGGUGUGGAAUAUCCCUUUGGCCAGUUCAGAUCACCUGUCCUGCCUAUGCUCCUUCACAGCUUUUUGUGCACCUCCUCACUGGCAGAGCAUGAGACACAAGGAAGUCCUUGGUUUAGGAUAAACAUGUCUUAGCAACAAUGAAGACGUGAGUGUGUUAUCCACAUUAUUCUCGUACUGAAUCCUAAAGAUGGCACUGCGCCAGCUACUGAGAAGAAAUUAACUCUAUUCCAGCCAAAACAGGACACGCUGAUGUUUAUUCAGAGCAGGUUGGGUUCUUAUAAUCUGACCUCUCUCUAUUUCAAUUUAUACUAGCCAAAAUUACAAUCAUUCACUGUUUUGGAUAUCCUUUCCAUGUUUUAAAGAUAUUUUUAAUAGGACACCAUCAGCAAAAGUUAAAAGGACUUGCAGUAAAAUUGGCUUCUCAGUCUAGUCCAGGAACUAAGAUUUCUUCCCAUGAAAUUUUAAUUGCUCAUAGACAGUUGGUGCUUUCUGCUUUCUUCAUCUGCCCUAGUGGAAAAACAGGUGUUAUCUAAAAGACCAAAUGAGCCUAAAUAUAAUUUAGAGUAAGUGUGGAAAUUAUUCAAAUAUUCCCAUGAAGAAGCCUUACAAAGUAGCAGUGUGGAGAUCCCUCUUCAGGAUAUGUGACAUCAAUGUACAGAGAAAUUGAUCUUCAAAGUAGGCAGGUUACAAAUAAUUUAAAAUAAAACUAGUAUUUUAUACUUGUCUUGAAAGCUAAGAGACAGCAAGUGUAGAACUCUUAAGUACAGUCUUGAUAGGCUUCUAAUGGAAGCGUGUUUUUGCUACCUAGAUAAAAUUCUGGACUAAAUUCAAAUUGUAAUUGUAUAUAAUAGGGCUUUGUAGCAAACUGGCCUUGGGCUCAAAAAAAGCAUAGCUUAUGAUUGUUAUUUCCACUCCAAAAUAAAUAGCAGCAAUUUCAUGAUGUGGCAUAUAUAAAAAAACCUGUCUAUUGACUGCUCUCAGUAGAAAAAUACUGAAUGAAUAAAAUUUUAAGAUAUUAAAGGUAAUGAGGCCAAGGAGACAUUUCCUGUUGACUUCAGUCAGUCCUGUCAAUUCUGUAUGUUUCCAAUUUUCUCAUUCAUUGUUUCUUUUCUUGUUAUGUAAAGGAUGUCUUCCAGCUGCACACCUUAACUGAAGAUAGUGACAUAAUUAUCCUGUUACUUUGACUGAAGGAAAACCCUGUCCUCAGCUGAAAACAUACCAGUACAGUGUGUAAAAGAACAAAAAAGCAGAAGUUGGAAGAAAAUAUUUCCUGAGUUCCAGUGCUACAUUCUUUUGUAUGAUCCAUUUGAAGGAGUAUAGAGCAAAAGGCCUUUUAAUGCCUCAGAACUUAAAGCAAGCUCCCAUCCUGUAGUAGACUGUGAUCAAGCAAGAAAGGAAGUUAGUGUCCGCACUGGAGGAGUGACAGAUAAGACAUCAAAGAAGACUUACACAUUUGAUAUGGUUUUUGGACCUCAGGCUAAGCAGAUUGAUGUGUACCGGAGUGUUGUGUGUCCCAUUUUGGAUGAAGUUAUUAUGGGCUACAACUGUACAGUGUUUGCUUAUGGCCAAACUGGUACUGGUAAGACCUUCACAAUGGAAGGGGAGCGGUCACCCAAUGAGGAAUAUACUUGGGAAGAGGAUCCACUAGCAGGCAUAAUACCCCGUACAUUGCAUCAAAUAUUUGAAAAACUCACAGAGAAUGGUACUGAAUUUUCAGUGAAAGUCUCUCUUUUGGAGAUCUAUAAUGAGGAGCUUUUUGAUCUUCUGAAUCCUACUCCUGAUGCUGGAGAAAGACUGCAGAUGUUUGAUGACCCUCGAAACAGGCGGGGUGUAAUUAUCAAAGGCUUGGAAGAAGUAACUGUACACAACAAAAAUCAAGUCUACCAAAUCCUGGAAAGGGGUGCGGCAAAGAGAACAACUGCAGCUACUUACAUGAACCAAUAUUCCAGCCGCUCCCACUCGGUGUUUUCAAUUACCAUCCAUAUGAAAGAAACAACAAUAGAUGGAGAAGAACUUGUUAAAAUUGGAAAGCUAAACUUGGUUGAUCUCGCAGGAAGUGAAAACAUCGGUCGAUCAGGGGCAGUUGACAAAAGAGCUCGUGAAGCUGGAAAUAUCAACCAGUCUCUCCUGACACUAGGAAGAGUUAUUACUGCUCUGGUAGAAAGAACCCCACAUAUUCCAUACAGGGAAUCUAAACUCACAAGAAUCCUUCAAGACUCUCUUGGAGGACGGACAAAAACAUCAAUAAUUGCCACAGUUUCUCCUGCAUCUAUAAAUCUUGAGGAAACAUUAAGUACACUGGAAUAUGCCCAUAGAGCAAAGAACAUAAUGAACAAACCUGAAGUCAAUCAGAAGCUAACAAGAAAAGCUCUUAUUAAGGAAUACACUGAAGAGAUUGAGCGUCUGAAGAGAGACCUUGUUGCUGCACGAGAGAAAAGUGGAGUCUAUAUUUCUCUUGAAAAUUAUGAAGCCCUUAAUGGAAAACUGACUGUUCAGGAAGAACAAAUUGCAGAAUAUAUUGAGAAAAUUGGUGUUAUGGAGGAAGAAGUGAAAAAAAUCACUGAACUAUUCACAGUUAGUAAAAAUGAACUUCAGCAGUGUAAAACAGAUCUGCAAAUCAAGGAGAAAGAGCUAGAAGAAACACAGAAAGAUCUUCAAGAAACCAAGGUUCAUCUGGCUGAAGAAGAAUAUGUGGUUUCAGUUUUGGAAAACAAUGAACAAAAACUUCAUGGCACAGCUAGCAAGUUACUUAGUACAGUUGAAGAAACUACAAAAGAUGUAUCUGGGCUUCAUGCGAAACUGGACCGUAAGAAAGCUGUUGAACAGCACAAUGCUGUUGUCCAAAAUACAUUUGCAGUGCAAAUGAAUGCUUUGUUCAACAAAAUACAGGAUUCACUUAGUGAAAACAGUUUGAAGCAGCAACAGAUGUUGACAUCUUACACAAAUUUUGUAGGUGACCUCUUGUCUACCAGUUCUUCAACAGCUGAUAUUCUUGCAUCAGUUAUGUCAGCAGCUUGUGCCUCUGUUAAAGAAUUGGUGUCUACGGAAAUUUCUCACGUGUCUGAAAAAAUAACACAACAUGAGAAUCUAUCACUGGAUUGUAAAGCUGAGCUGCUGAGAUUAAUUGAGGAACAUGAAACUGGUUUAGGAAGAGCGUUAAAUAGCUUGACACCGGUGGUGGAAUUUGUCAUGGGGUUAAACUGCCAGUUUCAGAGUAACAUGAAGAAAUACUCUGCUGUGGCUGACCAGAUGGAGGCCCAUAAAUGGGAAAUGGAUACCUUCUUUGGAGAUCUUUCUCUCACUCUGAAAAAAAUACGUGAAGAAGUGGACAGUGGUUUUGCUGAGCUUCAGCAUAAUUGUGAUGAUUUAAAAGAAGAAGUGGAAAUGACGAGAUUGGCACAUGCAAAGAGAACAGCUGAAUUCAUGUCCUCACUGCAAAGCCAGCUUGACAUGUUUGCUCAGGAGACUCAGAAGAACUUAACUAAUGUACUCACGAAAAAUGGAAGCUUGAAGACCACCAUCACUGCUAUGCAAGAAAAUGUUCACUUGAAAACUACAGACCUAGUUAGCAGUGCAAAUUCCAAUCACAGCAAAUGUACUACAUCUCUGGAUAAUUUCUCUCAAGAGCUCAGGGGCAUAAAUGCUGAAAGUAAGAUGAUGCUGGAAGAAUCCAGUGACCACUGUCAACAUCUCCUCAGCAAUCUCAAGGACGUGUCUCAGGACACCAGAACCUGGUGUGAAUUUACAACUGCUCAGGUGGUCAACUUUACUGAUCAGCACCUAUCAUCCUUCAAUGAUGAGAAACAGCAGUUUCAAUGUUUACAAAAGAAAAGUGAAGAACACUGUGAUAAAACAACAGCUGAAAUUGCUGACUGCAGUAGUAGACAAGUGGCUGCUGAGGGGAAGGUUCUCAGUGGCUUUCUUGAUCAGAUAAAGGUGGAUAAAGAGAUACUUCUGGAGCAGAAGCUGGCACUUAGCAACGAAGUACAGCAUGGACUAACUCAGGUUAAUGGCUUCCUGCAAGAGGAUCUGAAAGUGGAUAUUCCAACAGGGACAACUCCACAGAGAAGAGACUACUUCUAUCCAGUCACACUCAUGAGAACAGAGCCACGGGAACUUCUACUGGAGCAAUUAAGGCAAAAGCAAUCUAAGCUUGAUGCUAUGCUAAGCAGCAUGACAGAGGAGAUGGAGGAUAGUGCAGGCCAGGACCUGUUGGAAGAGGAGGGAGGGUUGCAAGAAUCCAGUGAAAGCCUUGCUAGCGACAAAUGUUUAGUGGAUACAAACGUAUACUGCCACACAAAUGGUGGUAUUCCUUUUUUCCAGCAGAGAAGUCGUCGCAAAAAGGGUAAAGAGAACAAAUCUGCAGCUACAGUGGAGAACAAAAUGGAGGACACGACAGAAGAGUUUCUUCAUGAAUCCAAGCAUCCCUUAAGAUUGCUGAACUAAGAUAUAUCUAUUGCAAAUUCCUGUUUUUAAAAAUUUCUAUCUCAUUGAAUUACUGAGCCAUAAUGUUUUUGGUUAUUCUUGGUCUCUAUUGUGAUGCAAAGUUGAAUCAAAAGAUUGGCCUGCUAGAUGUCAUGCCUUUGUCCCAUUUUUAUAUGCUAUGCUCAUAACUUGCAAUGUAUUAAGGAAAAAACCCCUGCACAUUGUGGUGCUGUUAUGUUAAAUAUAUUUCUGUGUGCUUAAGUAAGAUAUCAUUUUCUGUUUCUCAGUAGAUUUAAAACACCAGAAAGGGAUGUUGAAAUAUGCUUUGUCAGCAUUAUCAACUACCAUUUUAUAUAUGAAUCAACUGUAAAAAAGUGUUCUGGUUUUGUACCUGCUUUUUAAUCCAGUCGCUCUCUUUGAUACUUCAAAUAAAUUUUGAUAUACGGAAAACAAACAUAU